AUGUGCCUAUUUUAUGGAACUUGCAUGCCACUAGUUUAUAUUGCAGUAGUUUUAUACUUUAUAUUCACAUAUAUUGUUGAAAAGUAUUUAAUCAUGUAUUGGUAUGAAAGAUCAAUUGAAAGUGAUGGAAAGAUUCUCAAUACUGUUGCAGAAAAUAUUGGAUUUUGCUUUAUUCUUUCACCAUUCUACAUUAUUGUCCUAAUGCCAGUUCUACUGAGUAGAAAAAUGACCUAUUUGUUGGGUAUUCCAAUAGUAAUUCUAAUUAUUAUUGAGCUUUACUUUUUGAUUAGAAAAACAGCUAAUAAGGAAAGAGAUGCUAUCAUUAUCUCACUCAAGGAACGCUCAGAACAAUCACACAAGAAAGAGGACAUUGUUGAAGAAUUGGACACCACUCCAACCAAUAACACACCAACCAAUAUUCAAGACGCUUCAGAAUAUACACGUAAAAAUAUUGAGGAGGAUCAUGAUUUUAUCAAAUUGGAACAAAAUGAUUGGUUUGAGCAUUCACUCCAAGAUAAAAGAUAUCCACCAACCUUUGAUAAAUUACACGAAAUUCUCAACACUGAGGAAACGAGAAUUUUUGAAGAAGAUUUGAAUUUGGAUGUGAACAAAUUGUCGAGACAGUAUCGCCAUCCUUAUUUGAGAAAGUUACUGAGGUUUCAGUAG